AUGCCGGGGCUGGUGAGCUCGCUUGACCUCGAUGAGUGCAUCGAGCGUCUAUACAAGCGAGAGCUGCUACCAGAAGUAACUAUAGAGGCACUGUGUUCCAAGAUCAAGGAGUUAUUAAUUAAAGAGAGCAAUGUGGUUCAUAUAUCUGCACCAGUGACAGUAGUCGGCGAUAUUCAUGGCCAGUUUUAUGAUUUACUGGAAAUCUUUCGCAUUGGUGGCUACUGUCCAGAUACAAAUUACCUAUUCCUAGGAGAUUACGUAGACCGUGGUCUGUUCAGUGUCGAGACUAUAACACUCCUAGUGUGUUUAAAACUGCGGUAUCCCACCAGAAUAUACUUGAUUCGUGGAAACCACGAGUGUCGAGGUAUCACUCAGUCAUAUGGCUUCUACACGGAAUGUGUGCGGAAAUACGGGUCUGCCAAUGUCUGGUCAUAUUUCACUGACAUGUUUGACUUCUUGACCCUGUCAGUAGUCAUUGAUAACUCUAUCUUCUGUGUACAUGGAGGUCUAUCACCAACUAUCCACUCAAUAGACCAGAUCAAAAUCAUCGAUAGAUUCAGGGAAAUCCCUCAUGAAGGGCCCAUGGCCGAUCUUGUCUGGUCUGACCCUGAAGAGUCUAAACCCGACUUCUCACUUUCACCACGAGGAGCUGGAUAUACCUUCGGACUUUCCAUUGUGAAAAAGUUCAUGGACCGUAACGACAUCAACCACAUUCUACGAGCACACCAACUAUGUCAAGAGGGCUACGAAGUACUUUUCGACGACCGACUAUCAACCGUAUGGUCAGCACCCAACUACUGCUACCGGUGCGGCAACCUAGCAUCCGUGCUCGAAGUAGGCAUCAACGGCGAACGGUUUUUCAACGUAUUCGACGCAGCUCCCGAAAACGAAGAACACUCACAAAUGCUGGUCGAGGACCCCAACGUGGCCACCCUCGGUCUCCCACAACCCCAACCUGUUGAAUACUUCCUGUGA